AAUAUUCUGUCCGAAACAGAUCACGUACAACUCAGAUCACACACAGCUCAAAUCCAACAAAAUGGUUUCUAAGGUCGUGAUUUUGGCUUCAGCCAUGUUGGCCGCCGUCGCCGGAUCCCCAGUGUACCCGUCACCCGCUUACUCGGCGGCACCCGCUUACCACGCGCCCGCCGCGUACUCGGCACCCGCUUACCACGCACCCGCCGACUACUCGGCACCCGCCCCGUACAGCUUCGAGUACAGCGUAAACGACCCACACACCUACGACGUCAAGAGCCAACACGAGUACAGUGACGGAAACGGUUACGUCAAGGGAUCUUACAGCCUUUUGGAAGCCGAUGGUUCCACCCGCACCGUUGAAUACACCGCCGACGACUACAACGGUUUCAACGCCGUCGUCAAGAACGAAGGUGGAUACAAGGCCCCGUCGUACUCGGCACCGGCUUACUCCGCACCGGCGUACUCGGCACCAGCAUACUCUGCACCGGCCUACAAAGCUCCGUACAGCGCCCCUGCUUACAAACCAGCGUACAAACCAGCUUACUAAUGACGACAAGCCCGUCACUUUCGCGUGUCGCCAUCCUGCGUGACAUGUUCUGUUUCCUUCUUUAAUUUAUUUCGAUUUCCUUCUCAUUGUUUAUUUAUUUGCGGUAGAUUAAAAAACUAUGCGCCCGUUA